UAAAAGCCAACGCGCUGGUGUGUCUAAACUUCAAAACAUUUGUUCUUUUUUCAAGUUUUUAAUGUAGGCUACUAUUUUAAUAAGAUUGUUCUUGUUUCUGUGAGUCUUUCAUUUACGAAAGGUUAGAUAAUAUUGUCCGUGGUUAGUUUUAGUAAGUGUCGGACUCUACUUCCUCCUCCUCCUGUCAGAUAACUAAAGGCGCGGUAGUGAAAUAGCAGACUUCUUCUUCUUCUUUUUAGUAACAUUUCCUUUAAAAUCACAGACUUUUAACAUGGCUUCAGACGCGUCAGGAGUGCCCCCGACUUCAUCAGAGGACCAGAGGGUUGAUGGGACCCAGUUGGCCCCCACCCGCCCAGAAGCAGGGGUCCCAGGUGGCCCCAGCUGUGGCAAACAGUCCUCUAAAGCCACAGCAGAGUCAGCAGAAGGAGAUGAGGACGGAGUCAACGUGUGCCCCUUUUUCCUGAUGGGAAAGUGUCAUUUUGGUCAAAGAUGUCGUUUGUCUCACAGUGACCCACUAAUAGACGAUUCAGGCGCUGUUCCCUCUGACCAGGAUGAUAAACAGGAAGGAGAAAAGAUGGAAAAAAACAAGAAGAAAAAAGGCAAAGUGAAUAAAGCAACAAAGCCACAAGACGACGAGGGAAAAGAUGUGAGUAAAAAGCCUCGCAUGCGCACAGCAGAUGAUGUUAUCUCUCGGAUCCUGUGGGACCCUUCAGUGGAUGCAUCCAAAUUUGUAGUGGGGUAUGUGGAUCGCUUCCUUGGCGUGCUGGAACGUCCCUUCUCUGACUUCAACUGGGAUGUCAACCCCUGUGACUGCGACUACACUACUGAGCUCGCCCUCCCCAGACACAGGAUCCAGUACUUCACCUACAGAGGGCACCGCGUCUGGGACCGCCACAGCAGGACUGAUAGGGUAUUUGGCUCCACCGGUCAAUCUUUGGCUCCCCCCUUUGGAGGGGAGGAGGAAGUAGAGGAAGACCAACAACAACAGGAGAGGCUGAUUUUGGAACAAGAUAUCCUGGAAGUGACAGAGGACCAGCCACCUGCUGCGAGUGGGCAGGAAGAGAGGGAAACAGAGGAGUGUAGUCAAACUGAGUACACACAUCUGGAGGAAGAGAAGCAGAAUGAGAUGAAUAUCUGCCCUCCUGACUCAGCACAAGCAGCCCCAAAGUGUAGACACAACACUUCUCAGGAACAAGAGGACUCACAAGGAGCAUGUGUUGCGGAGGAGGCAUCAAAUAGACUUAAUGAGUCAACAGGCCAAAUGUCCUCAUCCCAAAAAGAGGGAGCAAGCGUAGAAAUGGAGGGUAAGGAAGACGCUUUGGAAGAGUGGGAAGAAAGUUGGGAAGGCAAUGAAAAUGUUUCGAGUUAUCUUGCAGCCAAGAACAUCAGCGUGAAUCCGUCAACACCUUUGGAGCAGAGAGAAGAGAAGCGUGCCGGUCGCCCCCCUAAAAAACGGCCCACGCACUUCAUCACCUUCAGAGCCAACACUCCCGCUAUCCUCACUGGUUCCCAGCAGCUACAGGAGGAGCUCAUCUGUCUUCUCCCUUCCUCUGCCCCUCACUGGCUUCCCGCCUCCUCCCUUCAUGUUACUAUGUGCCUCCUGAACCUGUCGGGUCCAGCUGAAGUGGCCGCCGCUGGGGAGAUGCUCCGACGCUUUGCCCAUUUGGAUCGCAACCCUCCGGUGGCUGUGACCUUCCCCGUAAAGCUGAAACAUUUCAACGGGAAGGUGCUGUACCUGAGCCCCCAGCCUCAGCUUCCCCUCCAGCAGCUCAACAGCGGCCUGCAGGAGGCCUACAGGAAGGAGGGCUGGCUCCACAAGGAUUCCUACAACCCACGCUACCACCUCACACUGGCUAAGGUCAAGGACAGGGAGGGAGAAAGGAUUUUUGAAGGGGUGGGCGACCUGAAGGUGGGUAAGGGUUUAAAUUUUGGCCGUCUUCCAGUGAACACCUUGCACCUUUGUGCCAUGGGUGGUCCCAAAGUAGAUGGUUUUUAUGAAACACCAUCUGCACAGUAACUCUUCGAUAAUAGAAAACUCACACACACACACACACACACACACACACACACACACACACACACACACACACACACACACAAUAUAUGUUGAUACCUUACAUAAGACUCUGCACUGAUGAUGGUGGUCAACCAAAUUUGAUGUCUAUGUUUUCAUUUCUAGGUUUUUAACCUUAUUAUUAUAUUAUAAUGCACUUUUAAAGACAAUUGGGUGAAUUACAUUUUUAAGGGUGAAGUGUAUGAAAUUACAUUUAAGGGCUGCAGGACAGUGGCAAACACACUACCCUCAAUUACACUAAACUGUGUACUUUGUCGUGUUGAGCAGAAACCUCGUAUUUCCAUAUUUUGUCUUUUUUGUUUC